GAAAAUCCCUGCCCAACACGUCUCGCGUCGCGUCUCCCCAUAUUUUUCUUUUCCCACUCACCGAAACUUUGUUUCGGCAGUCUUCCAAAACCAAACCCAACCCCGAACUCUCUUCUUCAACCACACUCGCUCAGUCAAUUUCACCUAUACCCUCUUUAACAAAUUUCUCUCCAACAUUCCUAUCUCAAUGUCCACACUCCCACCCAAUUCUCCAACCUCACCGCUGCCCAAACGUCAAAAGACUUCGUCCUCGAGCUCUCCCAGUAAAUCUACUCCCGCAGCCGCAGCCGCAGCCGCAGCCACCUCUUCCCUCCAAGAAAUCAUGUCUUCCACUCCAAGCACCGCGCCCACCACAACUCCAGCACCGGCAACAAACGGUUCAGCCCCCGCCCCCACACCCCUAAAAUCAUCUACCCCUCCCCCCCUCCUCAUUAAGAAGCUUUCUCCUCGCGCCCGUCUGCCUACACGAGGUAGCGCUUUCGCUGCCGGAUACGAUAUCUACGCUGCAAAAGAAACGGUUGUGCCUGCGAAGGGAAAGGUUUUGGUGGAUACUGAUAUCAGUAUGGCUGUGCCAGAUGGAACUUAUGGCCGUAUAGCCCCACGCUCUGGACUCGCCUCCAAGCAUAUGAUUGACACUGGCGCUGGCGUAAUCGAUGCUGACUAUCGAGGUCAAGUCAAAGUACUCCUCUUCAACCACGGCGAAAAGGACUUCGAGGUUAAGGAGGGCGAUCGUGUAGCACAAUUGAUUUUGGAGAGAAUUUAUACACCAGAGGUUACAGAGGUUUUGGUUUUGGAGGAGAGUGUGAGGGGUGAAGGCGGCUUUGGAAGCACAGGUUAGAUUGUGGGGAAGGGAAGAAGGAAUGAAGCUUUGAUGAUUGUUCGGAUUGGUGGAGAUAAUUAGAUAUACCGUGCUGUGCACAUUUUAAAGAAGAGGGGCUGUGGUUCGGGCAGACGUAGACAAAAAUGAAAAAAAUCUA